AUGCUCAACACCCACUUACCACCGGCCCCGACUCAUCACCGCCAUCUUAAGUGCCCACUCACCGCCGGCCCCAACUCAUCACCGCCUUCUUUAGCGCCCACUCACCGCCGGCCCCAACUCAUCGCUGCCAUCCUAAACGCCCACUCGCUGCCGGCCCCAACUCAUCACUGCCAUCCUCGACACCCACUAGCCGCUGGCCCCAACUCAUCUCCGCCAUCCUCAACGACCACUCGCCACCGCCCCAACUCAUCGCUGCCAUCCUCGACGCCCACUCACUGCCGGCCUCAACUUAUCGCCACCAUCCUCAACACCCACUCACCACCGGCCCCGACUCAUCACCGCAAUCUUAAGCGCCCACUCACCGCCGGCCCCAACUCAUCACCGCCUUCUUUAGCGCCCACUCACCGCCGGCCCCAACUCAUCACCACCAUCCUCGACACCCACUCUCGCCGCCGGCCCCAACUCAUCGCCGCCAUCCUCGACACCCACUCUCGCCGCCAGCCCCAACUCAUCGCUGCCAUCCUCAACGCCCACUUGCUGCUGGCCCCAACUCAUCGCUGCCAUCCUCAACGCCCACUUGCUGCUGGCCCCAACUCAUCGCUGCCAUCCUCGACACCCACUCACCGCCGGCCCCAACUCAUCUCCGCCAUCCUCAAUGACCACUCGCCACCAGCCCCAACUCAUCGCUGCCAUCCUCGACGCCGACUCACCGCCGGCACCAACUCAUCACUGCCAUCCUCAAUGCCCACUCACCGCCAGCCCCACGCUGUCCCCAACUUAUCGCCGCCAUCUUCAACGCCCACUCACCACCGGCCCCGACUCAUCACUGCCAUCUUCAGCGCCCACUCACCGCUGGCCCCAGCUCAUUGCCACCAUCUUCAACGCCCACUCACCGCUAGGCCCCAGGCUCAUUGCCACCGAUCCUUCAACACCCCACUCACCGCUGGACCCCAGCUCAUUGCCACCAUCUUCAACGCCCACUCACCGCUGGCCCCAACUCAUUGCCACCAUCUUCAACGCCCACUCACCGCUGGCCCCAACUCAUUGCCACCAUCUUCAACGCCCACUCACCGCUGGCCCCAACUCAUUGCCCCAACCAUCUUCAAUACGCCCAACUCACCGCUGGCCCCAACUCAUUGCCACCAUCUUCAACGCCCACUCACCGCUGGCCCCAGCUCAUUGGUGCCAUCCUCAACGCCCACUCACUGCCAGCCCCAACUCAACGCUGCCAUCUUCAGCGUCCACUCACAGCCAGCCCCAACUCAAAGCCCACUCACAGCCCACUCACCAAAAAAUAAAUAA